AUGACUGCUGAUACGGAGACUCAAGAAUAUGAUGAGAGUGGAUUACCGGGUCCAGGAGCACCCACCCCGCUCUCGGCUUUGGAGGGUGUUGCGGGAUUGACAAGCAGAGAUAUCAAGUUGUUUGUUGAUGCAGGGUAUCACACCGUCGAGUCGAUUGCAUAUACGCCGAGAAGAUUGCUGGAACAAAUCAAAGGCAUCUCAGAGCAGAAGGCAACGAAAAUCCUAGUUGAGGCUGCGAAACUCGUACCGAUGGGAUUCACGACUGCCACAGAAAUGCAUGCGCGACGCAGUGAACUGAUAUCGAUCACAACUGGCUCCAAGCAGCUGGAUACCCUGCUGGGCGGUGGGAUAGAAACGGGCUCAAUUACCGAGAUCUUCGGCGAGUUCCGAACGGGGAAAAGUCAGAUAUGUCAUACCCUCGCCGUUACCUGCCAGCUACCAUUCGACAUGGGUGGAGGCGAAGGGAAGUGUCUUUACAUUGAUACGGAGGGAACUUUCCGUCCCGUGCGUCUCCUUGCAGUCGCCCAGCGCUAUGGACUAGUUGGCGAAGAGGUCCUGGACAAUGUUGCGUAUGCGCGGGCCUACAACUCGGAUCAUCAACUGCAGCUUCUGAACCAGGCGUCUCAGAUGAUGUGCGAGACGCGCUUUUCCCUUCUCGUUGUCGACUCUGCCACUUCCCUGUACCGGACGGACUUCAACGGUCGUGGUGAGCUAUCUUCCAGACAAACGCAUCUUGCCAAGUUUAUGCGAACCCUGCAGCGACUUGCAGAUGAAUUUGGUAUCGCUGUUGUCAUUACAAAUCAGGUGGUUGCCCAGGUUGAUGGUGGUCCAAGUGCGAUGUUCAACCCCGACCCCAAGAAGCCCAUUGGAGGUAACAUCAUUGCGCACGCCAGUACGACCAGAUUGAGCUUGAAGAAGGGGAGAGGGGAAACGAGAGUGUGCAAGAUCUAUGAUAGUCCGUGUCUACCUGAAAGCGACUGCCUCUUUGCUAUCAAUGAGGAUGGUAUAGGAGACCCAAGUCCCAAGGACCUAGAGAACGAUUAG